AUGAAGUGUUCAUAUAGGAAUCUUUUGGUAAUAAGGGAUUUACAUACUUGUAAUACCUUAUUUCGGGAAGCACCAUCAAAUUUAAAAGGAAAAAAGCACAGCUCACAAUUAUGGCUUAUGAGACAAUUCCAAGAUCCUUAUGUGGAAAUGGCUAAAAAGGAAAACUAUAGAUGUAGAAGUGCAUACAAACUGUUAGAAAUUAACGAAAGGUUUAAAAUUCUACAUCCAGGACAUAUUGUGAUUGAUUGUGGUGCUGCUCCUGGCAGCUGGACUCAAGUUGCUAUCAAGACAACAAAUGCAACUGCUAAAACUGAUGAUGCUGUUGGAACUGUUUUUGCAAUAGAUAAACAAUCAAUUUACCCAAUUGAAGGUGCAACUUUAUUAGGUGGAAUGGACUUUACUACAGUAGAGACUCAAAGUAAACUUUUAAAACUAUUGAAAGGGAACAAAGUUAAUGUAGUUUUAUCAGACAUGGCACCAAAUGCAUCUGGUGUAAAAGACAUAGAUCAUGAGAACAUAAUACAACUUAUAUACAGUGCUUUUAAAUUUGCUUUGCAAGUUUCUCAGGUAGAUGGAACUUUUCUUUGUAAAGUGUGGGAUGGUGGAAAAUGUCAACAAUUAGAGAAAGAUCUUUCAAGAUUUUAUAAAACUGUAAAAAAUGUUAGACCACAGGCAACAAGGGACGAAUCUACAGAGAAAUUUCUUUUAGCUAGGGGAUUCAAAGGGAUAAAAAGUACAUCCAGUAGUACAACAUAACAUGCAGUUUCAUUAAUAAUUAAAUUAUGUACAAUAAAAAAUGCUUAAUGAAUAAAAUGAUUUGUAACAUAAUCGCCUAUCAUGCCUGGACAGGUUGUAAAUAAUAACA